CCACCUUGGCGCCAAAACAUCACCACCAUCAGCAUCAUCAAAACAUCACCACCAGCAUCAUCAAAACAUCACCACCAGCAUCAUCAAAACAUCACCACCAGCAUCAUCAAAACAUCACCACCAGCAUCAUCAAAACAUCACCACCAGCAUCAUCAAAACAUCACCACCAGCAUCAUCAAAACAUCACCACCACCAGCAUCACCCCGACUCCAGGAAAAGUGCCAAUCCAUCCCUUGCCAGCACCUCCCCAGCCUCCUGCCAUGAGUCUCGAGGCAAUCCAGUGGCGGGCCAGGCAGCUGCGGGUCCUGGAUCAGCUGUUACUGCCUGUCAAGAAGGAGUUCGUGGAGGUCACCGGCGUGGAGGACGGCUGGCGGGUCAUUCACAAGAUGCAGGUGCGAGGUGCCCCAGCCAUAGCCAUCGUGGGGUGUCUGAGCCUGGCCACGGAGCUCUCCAGGGCCACAUUCAGCGAUGCGGCGGAGGUGGCGUCGACGGUGGCCCAGAAGCUGAAGUACCUGGUCACAGCACGGCCAACGGCUGUGAACAUGGAGACAGCGGCCAAGGAGCUGACGGCCCACACGGAGAAGCUGCUGAAGGAAGGAAGCACGGCGGAGAAGAUGGUUGAGGAAGUAAUCCGCUGGUGUGAGGAGCUGCUGGAGGAGGACGUGCGCACCAACCGUAAGAUCGGCAGCCUGGGGUCCGCAUCCUUACUGAGUCGCAUCUCCGGGGGGCGCAAGGUUCGGGUCCUGACGCACUGCAACACGGGCUCCCUGGCCACGGCGGGUUAUGGCACGGCCCUCGGGGUGGUUCGGGCGCUGCAUGAAGCUGGACGCCUUGAGCGAGUGUACUGCACCGAGACAAGACCUUACAAUCAGGGCGCGAGGCUGACCGCAUACGAGCUAGUGACUGACGGACUGCCUGGGACCCUAAUCUGUGACAGCGCGGCGGCGGCGUUGAUGAGGGAGAAGGGAGUUGACGCGGUGAUAGUGGGUGCGGACAGGGUGGCGGAGAACUGGGACACUGCUAACAAGAUUGGGACGUACCAGCUUGCAGUCAUCGCCAAGCACCACGGGGUCCCCUUCUACGUGUGUGCUCCCUCCACUAGCAUAGACCGCAGCCUGGAAGGGGGCGCAGACAUACCCAUAGAGGAGCGCCCCCACAGAGAGAUGACGGACAUAGCCGGAGUGAGGGUGGCGGCCCCGGGUAUCGCAUGUUGGAACCCCGCCUUUGACAUCACCCCGGCGGAACUCAUCACCGGGGGAGUUGUGACGGAAACAGAGGUUGUUCUACCCCCUUCCGCUGCUGCUGACCUAAAGAAGAUGUAAGGUGGAGGGCGGGUGGAUUGACUAACUGGCGGAGGAGGGAGAAUAAAGGAAAACAUGAAUGGUGCUUCGGGAAGGAAUACUUAUCCAUUUAUACAGCAAGAAAAUGAAGAGGAGGAGGAGGAAGAAGAUGACCAACGAGAGUAAAUAAAUAUCAAACUGGGGGAUGGAUAUAGAGAAAGGAAAAAGAAAGUGAAUGAAGUAUGUGGAAGAGUUACUUAUCCAUAUAUAGAGCAAAGAAAAUGAGGAAGAUGAAGAUGACCAAAGAAGGUGAAAGUAUUGAACGGGGGAAUGGAUAAAGACUGAAGAGAGAGAGAGAAAGGAAAAAGAAACUGGGUGAUACUUAUGGAAGAAAUAUUUUUACAUUUAUAUAGCAAGAAAAUGAGGAUGAUGAUAAUGAUGACCAAAAGAGGGCGAAGGUAUUGAACUGGAGGAUGGAUGAAGAGGAAGAAAGGGAGGGAAAGUUAAUAUAGUGCUUUUGGAAGGAAUACUGAUUUAGGUAUACAGAAAGAUUAUGCUGGUGAUGUAGGGAGAAAAGAAAUUGAGUACGUAUAGUGUAAAAAUGAGUGAGCUAGAUUGUGUGUGAUAUAUAUGUGGGUUUCAUGGGUCUUGUUGCCAUUUCUGUUUGUUACCGUUUACCGUUGAUGAGGUUUCAGGCCCCGGUCCACCGCCGUAACAGCGCUCCACAGGGCCGCCAACUUUAUAACAGUAAUAUUAGCACCGAAACUUGUCCUCAGUCCUCAUGUUUGUAAAGUCGUAGGAUUUAGUGUAUAAGUGAGUCUUCAGCGCUUUCUUGAAGAUUGCUAGACUGCCACUAUUUUUAACAUCCCCAGGUAACUCAUUAUAGAGCUGUGGGGCACUUCUCAAAUGCUCUGAAACCCAGGUCCAGUUAGGGGUUUGUACAUUAAUUUUUAAGCUUAUAUUUUGGGCAGCUUGAAAUUUAAAUGUGGGUCUAAUUAUUUUAUUGUGUGUUCCUGUGUGGUGAGUUGUUCAUAUGUGUGUGUCAAGCGUUUAGAAGGCUCUUGGGGCCGUAACACUAGACAUUUCCUCACCCAAGUACACACAUUUGUCAAGGCUUUCGUAUGAGUUUUGGGCAUUUCCAGGAGUAGUUUUAUGACCCUGGUGGUAGUUUAGCCCUUCUUCUGUACUGUGAAUCUAAAGAAACACUCAUUAGACCCUGA